AUGUCUUCCUUCAAGGGCCGAACACCAGCUUCAGAAAACGACAAAGAGAAGACCAAGACAACGUGUACAAAUCCUGGUAAUCCGGUAUUCUCCUGUACAAUGAAUCCAAAGCUCUCUACCAGCAAUGUAUUCCAGGCCAAACCAGUGAGCAUCCUGUUCAAGACAACCUCUGGUGAAUAUGGCGCCCUGCGUCCCACCUACGAGAUGGCGCCAUGUUAUCACUACCCCGUGUCUCAGAAGUUUUCCGAACACCUGGGUACUUGUGGGAUGUACCGGAAUAACUCGUUAAACACGGACACCGAUAGAAACAGAGUACAUGACUGUAUCAACCUGCACAACACUUUAUAG